CGAGUGAAAUAAACGCGAAUCGGCGUUUCCCGAACCAAAUUCGCGUUGAAGGAGGCGCUGGUGGUGCGCCGUUGUCGCGUCUAACGUUUAGUCCGGUAAACACUUUUACGAGGUGUCGAAAUAAAAUUGCUUUCGUCAGCGACGUUAAAUUUACAAAUCAUUUCCUCGCGUAAAUCAAAAAGCCCCCGGAAGGAAACUCGACUCGUAAAACGGAGGUUUCCGGAUGGUUAACGGCUUUCAUUUGUCAUAGAGCUUACACACCGACAACCCAUGAUUUGAACCAAGACUAGCAUGUGAGCGAUCCCCCUCCAGUCGCGUGCAGGAUUUCCGCGUUGGCAACGGCGGCAACGCCGCCCGCGCUCGCGAGUCCGCGACCGCGGCUUAUCAAUACGCAGAGAAGCGGCAACAGCGCGGCGAUUGCGCCGCCGUGCGCGUUCCUAUAAUAUCCAGCGCUAACUGCGACCGAAAUGACCUCACACACAAUUGACGAAUUAAUUCUGACAUUCGCUCUGGUGGCGUUUCAAUACAAACCGUAGUGUUUUUCGUCAAUAGUUGGUGAUCGGUGGUGAGUGUGCGUCGCGUGGUGGCGCGUACCCGCGGUGUCUACCGUCGUCGUCGUCGAUGUCAUGGACAAUAACUAGGGGUAUGGCGGAUGGAGAGACGCCUGAACGCGAGCUCGAGCAACAGAUCCUGCAGAUCAAGAAGCAACACCAGCUGCAGCACCAGAUCCUGCUGCAGCACUUUCAGCAGCAGCAGCAGCACCUCGCGGAGCAGCACGAGCAGCAGCUCAGGCAGCACCUCAAAGAGUUCUGGGAACGGCAGAAGCAGCUGCAGGAGCUGAGGCAGCGGGAGCAAUUGGAAGCGCUCAGGAAAAAGGAGAAGCAUGAGGAGAGUGCGGUGGCGUCCACCGAGGUCAAGCAGAAGCUGCAGGAUUUCCUGCGGCAGAGGAGGUCGGGCAAUUCGAAGGUGGCCCGUCCCGACAAUUCCUGUUGGUCCGAGGGAAUGGAUACGGGAUCUGAUUCGUCGACAACGAACAACGAUUUUCCACUACGGAAAACCGCCUCCGAGCCUAAUCUGCUAAAGGUACGUUUGAAGCAACGCGUAAUGGAACGUAGGAGUAGCCCAAUGAGUAAAAGACUUCCGCCCUCGCUCAAGAAGAAACUGCUGAGCUCGUGUUUGCCGCCGAGUGAAUCGCCUCCGCAGGAACCGCCGAAGGAACUGAGUCCUCCGUGUGAGGCCGAAGAAUACCAGCGGUUACCGCUAUUCAGUAGCCCGUCGAUGCCGAACAUUUCGUUGGCCGCGCACCACGUGCUCAGUCCUGACCUGUCCGAGGCUGCGGUUAGGGCGGCCUGUACGGCACGUCUGGGCAUGCCGCUCACGGGGCAAAUGUUGCCCGGAACCCUGCCCUUUUAUCCCUCGUUGCCGGCGAUCGAGAGCGAACACGAGGAAACCCCUCUGGAUACAAUUAGCGAAUUACAGGAACCUCAAUCCAGAGGGGUUAUCAGGCCCCUGGGCAGGACGCAGUCCUCCCCUCUACCUCUGGGACACCCGUUGCUCCGGGGACCCCCUCUCCCAGAACCGCCCGAGCCGCCCCAACCCCCGCCCGAGGAGCAGGAGCAGCGAGAUCUCGAGCUCAGGGCGAACGAAUCCAGAAGUAUUCGGCCGUUGUCUAGGGCCUUAAGUUCGCCGGUGGUGCAUCUGGGAACGCCAGAGGGCGUGGCUCCGGCGCUGAGCAGGCGGCGAGCGUCGUCGGCCCCCACCACCGGCCUCGCCUACGACAACCAAAUGCUUAAACACGCAUGCGUAUGCGGCAACAACGCUAUCCAUCCGGAACAUGCGGGUCGCCUACAGAGCAUAUGGUCCAGGCUGCUCGAAACGGGACUGGUGUCGAGGUGUGACCGCCUGAGGCCCAGGAAAGCCACCACUCAAGAACUACAGACCUGUCAUUCGGAAACUCACGCGCUUUUGUACGGAACCAGUUCGAUUAAUAGGCACAAAGUCGACAUGAGCAAACUGAGCGCUUUGCCGGUGAACGCGUUCGUCCGCCUCAACUGCGGCGGCAUCGGCGUCGACACCGACACCACCUGGAACGAGCAUUACACCGCGCCGGCGGCUCGCAUGGCCGUCGGUUGCACCGUAGACUUGGCGGUCCGUACGUGGACCGGCGACAUAAAGAACGGCUUCGCCAUAGUGAGGCCUCCCGGUCACCACGCGGAACCGCAACAAGCGAUGGGCUUUUGUUUUUUCAAUUCGAUAGCGAUCGCGGCGAGGGUGCUGCAAAAAGAGCACCGGGUCAACAAGAUACUCAUCUUCGAUUGGGACGUGCACCACGGCAACGGGACCCAAGAGAUAUUCUACGACGAUCCGCGCGUGUUGGUACUGUCGAUGCACCGGCACGACGACGGUAAUUUUUUCCCCGGCACGGGCGGUACCGACGAGUGCGGCACGGGUGCCGGUACCGGGUACAACGUUAACAUCGCGUGGUCGGGCGGUCUGAACCCGCCGCUAGGGGACGCGGAGUAUUUGGCGGCGUUUCGCAGCGUACUGAUGCCCAUCGCCAGGGAAUUCAAUCCGGACAUGGUUCUGGUGUCGGCGGGAUUCGACGCGACGGAAGGCCACCUGCCCCCGUUGGGCGGGUACAGGGUCUCGCCCGCGUGUUUCGGCUACAUGACGCGGCAGCUGAUGCAGCUGGCCAGAGGCAGGGUGGUUUUCGCCCUCGAAGGCGGCUACGAUCUGCCGUCGAUCUGCGACUCUGCGGAGGAGUGCGUCCACGUCCUGCUGGGCGACAGGCCGUCGCAGAUUUCGCCGGUGGAGCUUUCGAGGGCGCCGUGCGCCAACGCGGCCCUCGUCCUCCAGAAGGUGUUCGCCGUACAGACCGCCCAUUGGCCGUGCCUGCAGGAAUCGGCCAAAACCGCCCUCUGUUCCCACCAAGACGCCCUUCGUAACGAGAAGGAAGACAAGGACACGAUAUCCGCGAUGGCCAGUCUCUCGAUGCAGCAUAACAUGAUACCGUCGCCGCAGGGGUUUCACCCGAACAGCCCGCAGGGCGCGGGCCGACCAUCCGCGUAAAACGACCCCCCCCCCCCCCCAAACUACCCAAAAAACGAACCGAACAUUCCGCGACGGCCGCGGCCCGGCGGCCGUCCCCCAUUUUUAAAUUAAGAACAAAUUAUUGUGUGUUUUAUUUUUGUUAAUAUAUUGAGAAUUUUUAAUAAAAACCUUUAUUUACUUUAA